AGGGUUUCGGGGUUAAGACUGACUAGUAGUCUGGGUAUUCCCUUAAAUAAAGUUUGACAGGUUAGACCCUAAGGGUCCUGAGCAAAAGUUUUCACCUGAACUUCCUAAGCUUUCCCGUUAGAAGAUGGAAACUUGGGAAGGGAAGGAAAGUUGGGAAGAAAAAGAGAAGAGAAAUAAAAAGAGGAAUUGUAGACCGUUAGAUCUAACAAUAGACACGUGCCUUCAUCUAGUUGAAAGCUUAAGCUGCUCAGGUAAAAACCUUGCUCAAGAGAGAUCCUCUCCUUGCUGCAAGCUUUAAAUUUCACUCACUGACAAGAGUAAUGACUCUCUUUAAGAAGAGGAGAUUUGUUACACCUACACCAGGCCAAAAUCAUCCUUCAAAGUCUGAACCUUUCAGUUUCCAAAAGAAAAGUUGAACCUUUGAACACAGAUCAGAUGGCCACAAUGUCACGCCCAAUGGCUUCUCGGAGCAACAGACUGAUGAACAGAGAGGGAAGAGGACAUGGCUUUCCAGUGGACUCUCCAAGCUUCUGCUUGAAGAUUGUUACUGCAGUGGAUCUCCAAGAUGGGAAGGAACUUCCAGAGCUAGCUGUGACGAAGUAUGGGAAUUGUAUGGCAGACUCCAUAUUCCUCAAGGUUCCCAAUUGCGGAACAUCAUGGCCAGUAGAACUGAAAAAAACGAUUCGUGGUAGCCGAAUCUGGUUACAAAAAGGAUGGGAACGAUUCACAGACUUUUACUCCAUAGACCAAGAUUACUUCAUAGUGUUGAGCUAUGAAGGCGAACAUUCUUAUUUCCAAGUACACAUUUUCAACUGCAGCAAUAUGGAAAUAGGGUACCCAAUUUGUGGAGGAGCUGGUGGAUGCAUGUCUACACCCAAUUCAAAAGGUACCUCCUUUCCCUCUGCAUCAUCUGCUGGCAGAGACCAAAACAAUGACAACCAACGUGACUUUUAUGGAGCUAACAAUUUCAAAUUCGGGGACAAGCCUAGUUUUCGGGUCACAAUGACUGAAAAAUACUUAUCAUCUCUCUUGAGAGUACCUUUGGAUUUCACCAUCAAACAUUUGUGUGAAAUAGGGUCUCAUUCUACUGUGACCUUACAGACUUCAGGUGAGAGAACAUGGACUGUUCAGUGUGCUGUCAGCAAAUGUGGGAAAAAUGCAAGAUUCAAUCGUGCUAGUUGGAGAGGAUUUGUGAAGGGCAAUCAAUUGGAAGCAGGUGAUGAUUGUCUGUUUGAGUUGACAGGCGAACGUAUGCUCAAAGUCAACAUAGCCCGAGCUAAAUGAAGGCGAUUGAUACCUGAAUCUGUACCAAAACUACAUUGGUAGCCUAUGACUAGUUGAUAUUAUAUUCAUCUUUAUGUGAAGGAGUUGAUGUUUCCAGCUUUUGUGAAGUUAAUGUUGUUUCCAACCUUAUGCGAAGAUGACCUCUCUUAACACUACUAUCUAUAAUUGCUAGUGUCGGAUUGAUGAUGUUGAAUUAAUGUCUGAGUUCUUGUUUCCUUCUCAAGUUGGUAAUGUUG